GAGACUUGUUCGUGUAAAUGAACGAAUGAACAAUAUUGUGUAGAUUUACAGAAUUAUUAGUUUAUUAUUAACAAUAAAAUAUUUGGUAAAUAAGAAAGUGCAAAUGUUUUAAAUAAUUUUGAAAGGAAAAGAAUGGCGUGCGUGAACGCCACUUGUGCCAGCUUCCUGUCGGGUCCGGCGGGCAGCUCCUUUGCCAGCCUGAUGACACACCUGUUGGCGGCGCAGUGCAUCAUCACCGAAACCUGGCCCAAAGACGCCUUUGAAAUGGUUACAUAUGGCGAAUUCUUCGAUUUCAUCAUAGUUGGUUCUGGGACUGCCGGCUCAAUCAUCGCUAACAGACUUACUGAGAUUGACAACUGGAAAAUAUUGCUCUUAGAAGCAGGAGACGAUCCUCCAAUAGAAAGUAUUAUUCCGAACUUUUCAACGUUAACUCACAGAAGUCGUCAUGCAUUUCAAUACUACACGGAACAAGACGAUACUAUCAAUCAAGGAUGUGUUGAUCGUAGAUCGUUCUGGCCUCGAGGACGAGUCAUAGGAGGUACGGGAAGUAUUAAUGGACUCUUGCACAUGAAAGGAAGCGCCGGCGAUUACGAACAUUGGCAUUUACAAGAAGACGAUGGAUGGGACUGGCCUACGAUACGAAAUUAUUUCAAGAAAAGUGAAAAAAUUGUCGAUCCAUUCAUCUUGAAUAAUCCCGAACUUCGUGAUAAUUACGGUGUUGAUGGUAACUUUGUUAUUGACCAAUUGAACUAUACGUAUACUCAUAUUGCAAAUAAGUUAACUCAAGGAUACCUGGAUAUGGGUUUGAAAUAUUUGGAAGACCUUAACGGCCCUACACAAAUGGGUGUAGGUAAAAUAAGAGGAGGCAAUCAUAAAGGAAAACGUGUUAGUACUGCAACCGCUUUCCUAAGUCCAGCUAGAGAACGGAAAAAUCUUUACGUUUUAAAAAAUACCAUGGUAACCAAAAUAAUGAUAGAUGACAAUAAACGAGCUGAAGGUGUAAGUGUUAUUCUAUCUAACGGCGAUGCGACUACGUUCUACGCUAGAAAAGAAGUGAUAUUGAGCGCGGGUUCAAUCAAUACCCCUAUUCUUCUAAUGUUGUCUGGUAUUGGCCCAAAAUCACAUCUUAAAGAGUUAAAAAUCAAAGUGAACGCAGAUCUACCAGUAGGCGAGAACUUACAAGAUCAUGUAAGGAUUCCAGUUUUAGUUACAUUAAAUACAAAUGCUACUGAGGAGAAUGAAGCUUAUUGGCACAAAGCUACUGCUCAAUAUCUUAUCGACCAAACAGGGCCGCAUGCGACAAAUUACGAUCAACCAAACCUCAAUGCAUUUCUCUCAGUAGACGAAAACAAAAAAAUGCCAGAUGUGCAAAUAGACCACAAUUAUUUUGUACCUAACUCAUCAUACAUAUUUUCCAUGUGCACAAAAGUACUAUCUUAUGACGAUGAAAUUUGUAAACAGUUUCUAGAAUUAAAUAAGCAACAUGAGAUUCUACUAUUUUAUAUCUCCUUAUGCCGCCCCUAUUCAAGGGGUAAAAUAUUAUUACGAUCGAUUAAUGCUGUUGAUUUCCCAAAAAUCUAUCCAAAAUAUUUUAGUGACGAUAGAGACAUGAAGUUAUUUGUAAAAAGUAUUAAAAAAGUAAUGAAAAUUGUAAACACACCAACAUUUAAAGGGAUUAAUGCAAAAAUACCAAGAAUUUAUUUUAGAAAUUGUGAUGGAUACGAAAUGGCAAGCGACGAGUACUGGGAGUGCAUGGCUAGAACUAUUACUUUUAAUGUUUUUCAUCCAGUAGGAACAGCGAAGAUGGGAAAAACUAGUGAUUCUACGACUGUAGUUGAUAAUAAAUUAAAGGUGAAAGGUAUAAAACACUUAAGAAUCGUCGACGCUAGCAUUAUGCCGACCAUACCGAGCGUUAAUACCAAUGCUGCGACUAUGAUGAUUGCUGAACGAGCAUCGGACUUCGUUAAGAAUGAAUAUUUGAAUGAUUCUGCAAAAAAUAAAGACGAGUUGUAAUUAUUUUAGUAUUUACGAGUUUUUUCUGCAAGUUCGCGUAUAUUUUACAAAUAAACCUCCUUUGUAUAUCAACCUUUCA